AUGAAUCAAAAAGGAAUAGGUGUAUCAAAUCUUCCAAAUCUAAAAUAUAGUAGUGUUUGUCAAAACGGCAUUGAUUUUAAUAUAAUGACAGUAGGAUCUCAUGGUCUAGGAAAGUCUAGUUUUAUUAAUGGUCUAUUUAACUUGAAUUUACUGAAUACUGAAAUACAAAAUUCAGAUUUCCAUGUUACUACAUGCACAAUAAUAGAAAAUCAAUUUAAAACCAAUAUAAGCAUAACAGAAGUAGAUCGUAUUGGAGAUAAAGCAAAUAAUGAAAAGUGUUGGACACCAAUUAUAAAAUAUCUUCAUGAUUUAUACAAAGAUUAUUUAAAUAAAGAACAGCAUAAUGUAAGAUCACUUGUACAAGAUAAACGAAUUCAUAUUUGUUUUUAUUUUUUAGAACCUAACUGCAGUUUUAUUAAACCUGUUGAUUUACAAACAAUGAAAGAGAUAUCGAAAUAUUGCAAUUUAAUACCAGUGGUAUCAAAAAGUGAUUUUUUAAAUGAAAAACAGAAACAAGAAUGUUUUGAUUUUCUUAGAGUAACUCUAGAGCAGAAUUCUAUAAUAGUUUUUGAAGAAAAAUGUCUAAAACGCGGUAAUAUUUCUAAUUUUACACCACCUUUUUUUAUUGUGUGUCCUGACAGCGGAUUAAAUACGUCACGGACGUACCCUUGGGGUACACUUGAUAUUCAGAAUCUAGUGACAAAUGAUUUGUAUAGGUUAAGAGAUCAAUUAAUUAAUAAAAAUAUAAUUGAAUUAAUAAAGCGUACAGAAGAAUUUUAUGAUAUAUUUCGUGCUACGUUACUCUAUGAAUGUAUUGAUAAACAGGCUAGUAAAUGUUUAAAUAAAGAGAUGAUUAAUUGCGCGUUAUCUAAGGAGAUUGAAAAUGAUGAGAAAAGUAUUCAAGAAAUGAAAGAGCGAAUAUUAGAGAAAAAAAAUAGACUUAACAUGCUAAAGCAAUAA